AUGAAUGAGUACUUACUGCUUCACCUCAUUUCAAAUGCAACACCAAGAGAAUUCAGAGUGCAUCAAAAGGAUAUAACAACAGUACCAACAACAAAUCCUACCACAUCUACCCCUAUGUUGAAUCCAACCAUCUCGAAUCCCGAUUCGAUAUUCACUAACCCGACUAAUUCAAAAACGACACCAUCAAUAAUCAACUCUCUGGUGUUUUACGGAGCGAGUUGGUGUGUUGCUAGCCGAGCCGCUUCAAAAACGGCUCUACAAGUUGCUUUAAACUAUGCUUGUGGCGAUGGUGGUGUUGAUUGCUCCGCGAUUCAGCCACGUGGCAGCUGCUACAAUCCCAAUACUCUUCGGGAUCACGCUUCGUAUGCAUUCAACAGCUACUACCAGAAAAAUCCAAUUCCAAAUAGCUGCAAUUUUGCUGGAACUGCUAUUACUACCAACACCAACCCUAAUUAUAAUCUGAAUAAUCUUGAAAAUUGCAGUACAAGUUCAUCUAUUUUGAACACAACAAAUGGAAGAGGAUCAAGAAUAUUUGGUGCUGGACCAAUCACACCAUCAACCUCAUCAACAGCUGUAGCAACAAGUAGCUAUUUAUUAUUAAGUUAUAAGUGUCACAUCUUAACAUACCUUGUGAUAUUGUUAGCCUAG